UUCUAGACAAAGUCGGACACACCAUUUGGCAUCUUUCGCGCUUCUUCAGAUUCGUGGAAGAUUCUCUCUCUCUCUCUCUCUCUAUAUAACCACUAUUCGUUCUCUUUUCCCUGAGCUCUCAAAUACCCAUUUCUCAGGAACAAUUGUUCGUAGAAACCGCUUCGGAAAUUGUCUUUUAACCAUUGCAUGAUGUCUGGAGAAAACUCGGUAGACAGCAAAUGUUCUCUCUCUGGACUUGCCCCUCUCGAAGCAGUACUAUUCGAUGUUGAUGGAACUCUCUGUGAUUCAGAUCCUCUCCACUAUUAUGCUUUCCGGGAAAUGCUUCAAGAGAUAGGCUUCAAUGGUGGUGUUCCAAUUACUGAGGACUUCUUUGUUCAGCAUAUUGCUGGAAAUCACAAUGAAGACAUUGCUUCUUUCCUCUUCCCAGAUGAUCACCCAAGGGGUGUAAAGUUCUUGGAGGAUAAGGAGGCCAUGUAUAGAAGAUUGGCCAAGGAGCAAGUGCAACCUAUAAAUGGUCUUUACAAAUUGAUGAAAUGGAUUGAAGAUCGUGGUUUGAAACGAGCUGCUGUUACUAAUGCUCCUAGACUAAAUGCUGAACUGAUGAUCUCACUUCUUGGCCUUUCUGAUUUCUUCGAGGCUGUUAUCCUUGGGAGUGACUGUGCGCGUGCCAAACCAUUCCCGGACCCAUACUUAAAGGCUCUUGAAGUACUUAACGUGUCCAAAGAUCACACUGUUGUCUUUGAGGAUUCUGUUUCAGGAAUAAAAGCCGGGGUGGCAGCUGGGUUGCCCGUUGUGGGCUUAACGACCAGAAACCCGGAUCACUUACUGAUGAAAGCGAAACCAACGUUUCUUAUAAAGGACUACGAAGAUCCAAAAUUGUGGGCAGCUUUGGAAGAGCUUGAUAGAAAGGCAGGUGCAGCAACAGGUUCUACUUGAAACAUUACUAAGGUUAUACAGACAAUUUUAUAGUAAAAACAGGGGACUAUCUGAAUAAUUAUGCCGUAGAGGAGCUGUUACAUCCUCUUAGUUGCAAGAUCACCUCCCCAGAUUCAUUUCCUAUAUCAUUGUAUCUCCAUUUUUAGCUGUUCUCCAGUUACUAGAAGGAAGAAUGACUGCUGAUUCACAGGCAUUUUAUCUGUAAUGUCCCUACUAAGGGCACAUUUACUUUGUAACAAAUACAUUUCUAUCAUCUGCUGGCCUACGAACCCACCUUAUUUGUGAUUUUCAGAUGAUUUCUUGUAUCAUUCUGAAGGUGAUAGGGGAUUGAGCCAAGUCUGUUGAAUUAUUUACUAAUAUAUAACUGCUGAUUCACAGGCA